AUGGUAUUGGGAAUUCCUGGGAAUGGCCUCAUCAUCAUCGUCUACCUUAAGAAGCAUCGUAAAACGGGAACAGACGUCUUCAUUCUUGGACUUGCCAUAGUCGAUUUCAUCGUUUGCGUGAGUUUUCCUCUGAAAAUUUACUCCUAUGUGGCCUCGCAGUUUACAAACCACGUCCUGUGUAAGCUGAUGCACUUCUUCGUCUUCUGGAACACCUAUCUUGGCGUUUUCUUAACAGCAGUCAUCACUGUUGACCGUUACAUAGCUGUGUGCAGGCCGAUGAAACGAAGAGUAUCCCCUAAGCAAGCCAUAAUCAUCGGGUCAUGUCUUGCCUUAUUGGCGGCAUUUACUGCCAUACCCUCCGUUGCUAUGACAGGCAUUCGUUCUUAUGGUCCUGUCUCCAGAUGCACUUAUUACACAGAAGAUGUUGUCUAUGCCCGAGUGAUAAGCUACCUGAACGACACUCUGUUUUACAGCUGCCUGACUGUGAUCACGGUUCUGUAUAUUCUGAUCUGGAGCGCGGUGCGUCGUCAGGCAAGGGUUCGAGUCCUGAAGUUAGGUGGAAUCAAUAGUGUCUCUGGUAACGUUUUGCCGAGUCAGGCUUCCGUAAUGCCAUCAGAGGCUUGGGCUGAAAAAGAACAAGGAAAGUCUGAUGGAACGACUACAAGUCCCUUGGCACUAGCAAAUCACGGCUAUGCUGAAGAGAACGAUACUGGCCAAUCCUCAAGCAAUGAGGCUGGGACAUCAAGAAACCCGUCCGAAGAAAGUGACAGAGACGGGGGCAACCUUCUUACUGUUGAGCCUUAUUCAAAACAAGGUCCAUCUUAUGGCAACCAACUUGCUCCACCAAGCAGAGCUAGUCCCUGCCCUAGCUCAAAGAUGCCAUCCCCAAAGGCAGCCGCGCCAGCCCCGGUCGUCCGGACAAACAACAAGACAACCGUCAUGAUAUUCAUCAUCACCGUCAUAUUUUUCCUCUCCUGGAUCCCGACCAAAAUCUGGGACUACUACCCAAACGUCAAAUUCACUUGGCUCCAAACGGACCCAGUUAGAUACAACUUCUUGUACACUUCUCUUUUUGCAGUGAAUCUCAACCAGGUUAUCAAUCCCUUCAUCUACAGUUUCGUGAACGUUCAAUUCAGACGGGAAUGCGUCACCGUAAUGAGACACAUCCGACAAUGCAGAUUCUCAUAA